GUCUCUCUGCUUUUGUUGUGGGGGAGUGACUCGAGUGUCUGGCUGCGUGGCUAGUUGUUCAGGUAUCCUUUUGUUGUGAAAGUUCAAACGGCGCGUGUGUUGUUGUGUGCGCGUGUUGUGUGUCUGCAGGGUGUGUGUGGAUUCAGAGCGAGUGCCAGGAUGUCAAAAAGAGGAAAGAAGAAUGACGAGGAGGCCGGAGAAGACCAUGAAAAUGGAGCAGCCCCUGCUGCUAAAAAAGGGAAGAAGGGAAAGGAGCCAGAGGCCCCAGUGCUGUAUGAUGACCCACCUGACAAGAUGACCAGCAAAGAUGGCCGCUCCGCCAACAUGAAGAUCACCUCCUGGAAUGUAGAUGGCCUGAGAGCUUGGGUCAAAAAGAAUGGCCUUGAUUGGGUGCGUGAGGAGAGUCCAGAUGUUCUGUGCCUGCAAGAAACCAAGUGUGCUGAGAAGUCCCUCCCUAAUGAGAUCACCUCCAUGCCCGAGUUUCCUCACAAGUACUGGGCCGGCUCAGAGGAAAAGGAGGGCUACAGUGGUGUGGCCAUGCUGUGCAAGACAGAGCCUAUCAAAGUUACCUACGGCAUCGGUAAAGAGGAGCAUGACAAGGAGGGCAGAGUCAUCACUGCAGAGUUCCCAACCUUCUUCCUGGUCACAGCCUACGUGCCCAACUCCAGUCGCGGCCUGGUGAGGCUGGACUACCGCAAGACCUGGGAUGUGGACUUCAGGGCCUACCUCUGUGACCUGGACAAGCGCAAGCCCCUGGUGCUGUGCGGUGACCUCAACGUGGCCCACGAGGAGAUCGACCUGAAGAACGCCAAAGGCAACAAAAAGAACGCUGGCUUCACCCCGGAGGAGCGCGAAGGCUUUAGUCAGCUGCUGAGUGAGGGCUUCAUCGACAGCUUCCGCGAGCUGUACCCAGAGCAAGCUAACGCGUACAGCUUCUGGACCUACAUGAUGAACUCCCGCUCCAAGAAUGUGGGCUGGAGGCUUGACUACUUUGUGCUGUCCUCCGCUCUGCUGCCUGGCUUGUGCGACAGUAAAAUCCGCAACAAGGCCAUGGGAAGCGACCACUGCCCCAUAACUCUGCAUGUUGUUGUUUAGGGUCAAGUCUGGCCUUAGAUCUAAGCCAGAUCAUAUGCCUCUGAGUUGAAUAGUCCAUGAAUGGGCUACCAUGCAUUAUUUUCUCCUUGAAGCUAAUGUGUUCCAGCUGUUGUAUUCCCCAGCCCAACUACUGAAACUAAUCUGUAUACCGGUGUGUGUGCUCCUUUUGAGUGCCACAUCUGAACUGUUAACAAGGCACAGCUACUGAAACUACAUUAAGGAUAUUGAUCAUUUAUCCUGUUUCUUUUUUGUCAGGAUUGAUUUAUUUUUUACUAUUAAAUGUAGGUAAUUGCAAUAUUGACAUUAGCAUAUGCUACACCUUCCAACCACCUCAGUACGGUGGGCCUCGUCAGGUAAAUGACUUAUCACCCAAAAGUCUGCUCAGUGUAAACUUGUGAAUCCUCUGUCGGUGCUAUUUUUUGUAUGUUGUGGAAACAUUGCUCCUUUUGAAGGGACCAUUGACCAUGUGUAUUGCUAAGGUCAAGAAAGGCAUAUCCUAAUGUGCAUGCAAACCAUUCAGCUAAGAUUUCGUUUUUCUAGCAAAGAUCAUAUUAAUACAAGGAGAGCAACUACUGGUAUUAACCCUCUACUGCCAACAUCCAGGGCAAUGUUUCUUAGAAAAACUUGUUAAGCUUUUCAUUUCUUUCAUACCUAUGCUUUCUGAGUUUGUAGAUGUGAAAUGCAUCCAUGCCAGUUAAUAAAGUUUAGUUUUAAAUAAUG